AUGAGUAUCGCGAAGAUGGUCCAUCCACAAAUAAGAACCUUUUAUGUACGGAAACUCCGCAACCGUAAAGGUAAAUUGUUGUAUACUUCCGAUGAAUCAUUAGCAGACGAAAUUUCCUACGAUGAGGCAAGAUGCUCGCUUAUCACAAGCAAUAAUGGUGAUGAAGAUGUUAUUGUUGUUGAGAACAAAACCAGUGUCACUGCUAAUUUAUUAGAAAAGAAGAUUGCUUUGGACAUGAAUGAGCCAGUAACCUCUUUUAUACGGUUGAGAAAACGUGCUCCAAUUUAUCAGAUUCAGCAUGAUGAUUUGCUUGAUGUUUUGGAAGAACAACUUGAUUCACUGCAACCAACUUCUUUAAUUAGUGAAGAAGAAUUGCAAGUGGGUACCUUAUGUGUAUCAUUUUGUCGUACAUUUGAUUCAUUGUUUCGAGCAGUCAUAACAAACAUAAAUAAUAUUGGCAUUGAAGUUCAUUAUGUUGAUUAUGGCAAUUAUGAAACAGUGAACAGAGACGAUCAAAUGUCGAUUUUUAAUCUGUCUGAUGUCGCUCGUACCUAUCCAGGAAUGGCAAUCCCUUGCAUGCUUUUCAAUUCGCUUGUCUCAUCAACUGUUUCGAAUUCUGCGGAAACUGAAGACGAAUUUAUAACAAAUUUGAAGGAUGCCGUUUCAUGUGAACACCAUUCAUUCCGAAUUCGAAUACUGCAAAUUCGUGAAGAUAGAAUCUGCAUCGUUGAAUAUAUUUCAUCAUUUGCUGGACCAUCGAGUGGUUCAGGAAUUCCAGAAUCUAGCUACAACUUGCACGGAGGAGUGGAAACAAUAACGAGCACAUCAUAUUAUGGGAAACAGUCAACUUCCUUUGGAUCGGUGUGCAAAGUCAAGAAAUAUAAUUUCUUCUCUAAUAUCAGUAAUCCUGUUGCCGUGCCGCCGCAGUACCCUUUUGGCCAUGAAAAUCGAAAUAGAGAGUAUGCUGGACGUAUUCAAAAUCAAUAUGACAAGUUUGGAUACAAACAGUUAAAUGGUAAUAAGUUAAAAAUAAAAGGACCAAUUCUCAUAUGCAAAUGGGCAAAUGUCCAUCGAAAAACAGUGCCAACAUGGUUACGAAAUACCAACGUAAUGAGUAUCGCGAAGAUGGUCCAUCCACAAAUAAGAACCUUUUAUGUACGGAAACUCCGCAACCGUAAAGGUAAAUUGUUGUAUACUUCCGAUGAAUCAUUAGCAGACGAAAUUUCCUACGAUGAGGCAAGAUGCUCGCUUAUCACAAGCAAUAAUGGUGAUGAAGAUGUUAUUGUUGUUGAGAACAAAACCAGUGUCACUGCUAAUUUAUUAGAAAAGAAGAUUGCUUUGGACAUGAAUGAGCCAGUAACCUCUUUUAUACGGUUGAGAAAACGUGCUCCAAUUUAUCAGAUUCAGCAUGAUGAUUUGCUUGAUGUUUUGGAAGAACAACUUGAUUCACUGCAACCAACUUCUUUAAUUAGUGAAGAAGAAUUGCAAGUGGGUACCUUAUGUGUAUCAUUUUGUCGUACAUUUGAUUCAUUGUUUCGAGCAGUCAUAACAAACAUAAAUAAUAUUGGCAUUGAAGUUCAUUAUGUUGAUUAUGGCAAUUAUGAAACAGUGAACAGAGACGAUCAAAUGUCGAUUUUUAAUCUGUCUGAUGUCGCUCGUACCUAUCCAGGAAUGGCAAUCCCUUGCAUGCUUUUCAAUUCGCUUGUCUCAUCAACUGUUUCGAAUUCUGCGGAAACUGAAGACGAAUUUAUAACAAAUUUGAAGGAUGCCGUUUCAUGUGAACACCAUUCAUUCCGAAUUCGAAUACUGCAAAUUCGUGAAGAUAGAAUCUGCAUCGUUGAAUAUAUUUCAUCGUAA